AUGCAGCGACUCAUGCAGUUGCCAGCAGGCCAGCGGGGGCUUCACCGCCUGCAGUCGCGCCGCAUGAGCAUCAUGGAGCGCUAUCGAAAAGUACGACCAGUUCCCGAACGGCCCGCCCACCCCUGGGCCCGGCCACCAGAGACGGAAGCGGAAGCCAGUGUCGCAGCUGAAGAUCAGGAGGUGGCAAAGCUUCUGCAACCGAGACGUCCUUUGUCGUACGUCCGGGCCGCCGUUCCCUCGGAGGCUCAGUUUCGGACCUGGGAUCCCCCGGUGCAGCCGGCGGAGCCGCGCUUGCUCCGUGUAGGAUUGAUGGGCCCACCAAACGCCGGAAAGUCCUCGCUCAUGAACAUCAUUCUGGACAAUCCAAUUAGCGCCGUGUCGCCAAAGGUGAACACGACUCGUGAGAAUGUGCGUGGCGUGAAGACGAUCGGCCACACCCAGCUAAUCUUCCUGGAUGUGCCCGGGAUCAUCCCAUCCCAUCAGAAGCUCGCCAACCGCGAGCUCGUUGCACAAGCAUGGCAGGGAUACCAGGAAUGCGACGUCUGCCUGCUGGUGAUCGAUGUAGUGAAGAGACCGAAUGCCGAAAUCUUCGAUGUGGUCCGCAAGAUCUGUCCCAAAGAGGACAUUGGAGAGGCCGGGUUGCGGCGCCGCAUGAGAUCCUUGAUGGAGGUGAAUGACGAGGGCGAGCGCGAGCUUCCCGCAGAUGCCUACAACCUGCUGCCACGGUCUCUUCCCAGAUGGGCUGGGAAUUCCCUAACAACUCGGGCUCAGGACAGACCUCCUGUGACACUGGUGCUCAACAAAGUCGACAAAGCUUCGGAGAUGCGUUGGGUCAUGUCCAGGGAGCGGGAGUUCCGAACACACGGCCAGUUCGAUGGCAUCUUCUACACCUCCGCCCUGAAAGCGAACGGGAUUGUGACUCUCUUGGAGCAUUUGAAGCAAAGAGCAAAGCCAAGGCCCUGGCUCUAUCCUGCCGAGAUGAUCACGACCAUGUCUCAUACAGAGCAAGUGAAGCAAGUUGUGAACACUCACAUCUUUAAAAGGUUUAACUCCGACGUCCCCUACAAAAUCGAGCAGCAGACGGUGGGUUGGACCCCACGCUUGGAUGGGUCGUUGGUGAUUGAGCACGAAGUUAUAGUCAAAGACUCGGUGGUGGCUCGCAUGAUUCUGGGUGUGCGAAACAGCGUCCUGCACGACUUGAAGCAGCAGGUGAGCGACACCUUGCAGCUGCUUUGGGGAAUCCCUGUCGAAGCCCGCAUCUGGGUGAGGCCUCUGAAGCAGCGCCUCAGCAAAAGCGACAUGGCCCAGCUGGGCUACGAGCCGAAGUGA